CAGACGAAGACGAAUGUGAUAAGUCUCCCCCAAAAAUUGACAAAUCAGCGUUUUGUAAAGCGCAUAGCGCGAUUCCAGACAAUACCAAGAUGCGAUUGAAAUCAGGAAGGAUGGUUGAAGAUGUUCUUUUUGAUUAUGUUAAGGAUAAGGAUUAUGAAGAACACGCGCAUUCUUAUAUUGUAGACUACGACAAUGAGAAUAUAAGAUCAUUAUUUAGUGAAAUAGAAUGGAAAGAAUUAAUUUUCGAUCGAUUGAGCGUUCCUUCACUUUCACAAGAAAUUGCUAGUGAACUGACUCGAUAUGGAACAAAAUCUCUAGGAGAACUCCGUGAAAUCGUAACUGCUCCAUAUCUCCAAGAUGGGGAUGUUUAUGAUGUUCAAAAACAUUAUAAUUUGGAAUGGAUUCAAAUGUCCAUUAGGGCGCUUGUAAAUCUCUAUGAAAAUAUGGAUUCACCUUUAGCAAGAAGCCAAUAUGAAGAUUGGUUUACAGUUGCCCUUUUUGGAACUUGCAUAGAUAUCUCUAAUAGAAAAAAUCGUAAUCGACCAAGUAAUGAAAGAAAAUUUAUGGGCCGAAAAAUCGAUGGUAUUGUUUACGUAAUCAGCCGAUUUCUUGAAAUAGGGGCAAUAGAGACAGCAAGGUCUUUCUUGGGUGAAUUUGAUAAAAAAUAUCUUCACGAACAUUUUAAAUUACCAAAAACUUUACGUGACAUGUUUGCUGACCAUAUUCGGGCUGUUGAUUACGAUGAUGAAAAAAUUAAUAAAAUUCAAGUCUUUGGAAUAUUGCAUCUUGGAUUACGAAUUCAGUUUGCAAGAUUAUGGCGUGCCGGAGGGUCGAUCACAAUUUUUCGUAAAGAUCCUCAA